GGGAUGCGCUGCUCCUACGAACUUCUUUCAGAAGUUCAGAAAUUUCAGCACGGGCUGCGACAGCACUACCCCAUCCGAAGAGAUGUCCGAGUUAGGCUCCAUUGACAAUCCGGUGAAGUUCAAUGAUCAAGACUACGACGCCCUGCUGCAGAAGUGCCUCAAAUCUGCGGCUCUGUUCUCUGACACGGUGUUCGGGGCGAACCAGAGCUCCCUCGGUACUCCAGCGGAUCCUGAUCCUAAAAAGGCAGUGAAGUGGCUGCGUCCGAAGGAAAUCACAAGUAACGCUGUCUUUGUUGAGGGCACCAUGGGCACCACCGAUAUCUGCCAGGGCCAGCUGGGUAACUGCUGGCUGUUGGCGGCCCUGUCCUGUCUCACCAUGCAUCCGCCUCUGUUUGUGAAAGUGGUUCCAGCUGGACAAAGCCUGAGUGAAUCUUACGCUGGCAUCUUUCGUUUUAGGUUCUGGCAGUAUGGUGUGUGGGUGGAGGUGGUAGUGGAUGACAGGCUGCCUGUGAGAGAGGGCCGUCUGCUUUUCAGCUACUCUCGCACCACCAACGAGUUCUGGAGCGCCCUGGUGGAGAAAGCUUAUGCCAAGCUGAUUGGUUCUUAUGGCAGUCUGAAGGGGGGAAUCAUCUCAGAGGGAAUGGAAGAUUUUACUGGGGGCAUUGCCUACUCCCUCCCCGUGUCUUCUCGGGCCCCUCGCAUGCUCUGGAGGGCCGUCACCGCUGCCCUGGCUAGGAACAGCCUGCUCAGCUGCUUCAUACAUGCUGCAAAUGUAAAGGAGAUUGGCACUGUGACAUCAGAGGGUCUUAUCAAAGGUCAUGCAUAUGCCAUCACAGAUACAGAUAAGGUCCAGAAAGCGUCUGAAGAGGUCUUACUGCUGAGGCUGCGUAACCCCUGGGGGUUUGUGGAGUACUGUGGACCCUGGAGUGACAAGUGUAAAGACUGGGACGCUAUAGAUAACACCCAGAAGGCCAGACUUGAGUUGGUGAAAGUUGAAGAUGGAGAAUUCUGGAUUGGAAUAGAAGACUUUUGUCGGCUGUUUAAUACCGUGGAAAUGUGCAGCGUGAACCCGGAUUCGAUGUCAGGGGAGGCGAGUGAAGACACAGCCACCGCGUCCUGGACAUUAAGCUCACAUCAAGGAAACUGGGUCCCAAUGUGUUCUGCAGGGGGCAGCCGACGAUACCCCAGAUCCUUUUGGAAAAACCCUCAGUUCCAGAUGGUUCUGUCUGAGAAAGAUGUGGAUGAUCACGAUUAUGGAGAAGAUGAAGAAGGGGAGGAAGGAGAUGGAGAAGAUGAUGAAGUAGGUGUUGUGGUGGCUCCUGUGAGCAAGACUGAGAAACAGGGAGAGAAAAAGAAGAAGUGCACAGUACUGGUGGAGCUUCUCCAGAAAUACAGGAGACAGAAAGAUAAAGUCAACUUUCUCUACAUCGCAUUUCACAUCUACAAGGUUCCCCCUGAGCUGCAGGACAAACCGGGAUCUCUGGACCAGCAGUUCUUCUCCAACACCAGUCCAGUUGCCCGCUCUGGAAAGUACCGUAGCAUUAGGAGCGUGUGGCGGAAGGUGCACCUAGAACCUGGCAGUUAUGUCAUCCUAGCCUCCACCUACAGGCCCAACCAGCAGGGGGAGUUCUUCCUCCGCGUUUACACCCAAACCGGCAACAUACAGGGGUUCCAGGAUUUCCCCUGCACCAACAACUACUCUGUGAUGGUAAUGUCAAAGCCAGUCUUACCUGAGGAUCAGUUUAGAGUGCAGAAGUGGUUUGAUGAAAAGGCUGGGUCGGAUGACAGAGUGAAUGCUGUGCAGUUCAUGAACCUGGUGAACUCAGUGUUGGAAAAAGACUAUGAACUUCCACUGGAGACCUGCAGACAGCUCAUCUUUGGAGAAGAUACUGGUGGCAGAGGCCGUCUGAGCAGAGCUCAAGCAGAGAAGCUGCUCACCUCCCUACGCAAUCUGCAGUCUAUCUUUUUCCAGUUUGAUGAGGAUUCGUCAGGAACCAUGAGUCCGUUUGAGCUCAUUUUGGCUUUGAAUGCUGCAGGUGUGGAGUGUGACAAUGUUGUGGUGCAGUUGUUGUGGGAGAGGUUCGGCGCUGGUGAACAAUACCUGCCUUUCUAUGGCUUUGUGUCUUGUGUUGCCAGACUGCAGGUGCUCUUUGAUCUUUUCGAGUCGGAGACCAACCCAGAGGUGAAGGACAACGGCAUCAACGCUUGGCUGCUCAAGCUGUUGGCUGUGUGAGCCUGUCCAGACCCGACACCUCAGCGGGACGGACCUGCUAGGCCAAGACUACUCUGACGUCAUCCACCUGGGCCUACGUCUCCCACAUCUCCCCCUCUUCUAUCUCAUUUGUGAUCUUUCGGACCUUUGCCCUGCAGUUGCUUCCACCCACUCAUCACUCCAUCAGUUUGGGGUCUAUGACCAUGUAGGUCAUUACUGCCUGGAUACAAAAUUUCAUCCCCCUCGCUCCACCCUAACACAGCGUGUGCGUGUGUGUGUGUGUGUGUUUGCGUUCAUAAUAAUCCCAACAUUUGAAUAUUUUAAUAGGAAUAUUUUUCUUGUAAAUGAUCAUUAUAGCAUCGUUAACUCGCUCUCUCGUCAUCCCAAACCCAAAUGACUUUAUUUCUUUUGUGGAGCGCAAAAGAAGAUGUUUUACGGGAUGCCCAAGCUGCUCUUUUACCACGUGCAAUGAAAAUGAAUAGAGACGGUUGUGAUGGCCGUUCACUUUGAUUGUUGGAGAGGCUUGGGCAUUCUUCCAAACAUCUUCCUCUGUGUUACAAACAAAAAAGAAAGCCGUAUGCAUUUGUCAUGAAUGUAAAUGUGACCAAUCUAUAUUUAAUAACAACUAUAUUUCUAGCACAUUCGUCCAUUUAAUUAGCAGAGCUGUCUAUUAAUGUUAAUUUAGCGGGAUUUAGUGCCGGAAAAUAUUGAUUCGUGAUUAAUCAAAAUAUCAUGCAGUUAACUAAAUGAAAUUUUGACUCACUGAUUGCUCUAAUUAUGAGUGACGCUUUAUACAGUCAUUGCAGUUUUCAUAUAUUUUGAACAUUAUGUCUGCUUUCAUAUGCUUUUAAUAACAGAAGUCGAGCGGUGCUGUUAAUGCAUUUAAAGCAAGGGCCCGUUAUUAUGGUCAUGCUUGUACCAAGGAUCCUAAUUGCAUCUUUUUUCGUUCAUACAGCAUGAGUCGUACUUCCUGCUACUUUUCUCCCCUCUUAGGAACAUUUAUGUAUCUCCGCUUAAUGUCUUUAAAAGUUGAGAACGUUUUAUGCUUCCAAAUAUAAAAGCACAAGUCAUAAUCUUUCAUCACGGGGCAUUUCUAUAUUAAAUUUUUUCUGUGCGUAUACCUACACCUCCACACACACACACACACACACACACACAUAUUGUUCGGGAGCGAGAUAGUAGCUGUGGGUAUUAAAAGCGAUGUCUCAGCAGCCCUGCACGCACCGGCUCUAUUCUUAUCGCUCUGACGCCACGCACAGCGUCAUCACGCCAUCGCUCCCUCCUCCGCUACGCUCUCUCCCUGCAUCCCUCCCUCCGGCUCUCUCUAGUAACUGUCUCAUUCUCACAAUCUGCUUCCUCCUCCUCGCGUACCUCGCGCUCGCUCGCUCACACAUGCGCGUAUGCUCGCUCACACACAUUCAUACGCUCUCGUCCUCUCUCCCGCUGCUCCUAUUAAUAGAAACCUUUGCUCACACAAUGCUUCCUCCCUGCCGUAAGGUGACCGAACAGAGGUUGCCCCCAGCAACAGCCCAAGCGCCUCUGGAAAAGGGCUAGAAAAAGCAGGCACGCACGUCCGUCGUCGCUCUCUCAAUCACUUCCUCUUCCGUAAUUUUCCCGCUUGCAUCUUGUACUUGUUACACCGUGAUCCCUCAGCGUAUUCGCUUCUCUAAAAGCUGCUCUUGACUCGGUUAUCCCUGUCUGCCUGCCUCGCUCUCUCUCGUCUCUGUAAAGCGAGCCAGAACCAUUUUCCAAAAAUACCAGGGGAAAGCCAUUCCCAUUCAUCUCGCCUGGCGAGCGAUUUCCAGAAGUUUGCCAUCUUUGCUUAAGGGCGCCUAGUUCGGCUACUUGUUUUUUCAAACCAAUCGCUUGAGCCGCAUUUGCCACGUGACUAAUCGCUCUCGACCCGAUUGGUUGAUGGCGACGCAAGAAUGUCCAAAACCUUAGAAGUUGGCAUCAAAAAUGUCCAUUUCACGCUUAUAAGAGCCUUCCGGAAAACAUUAUCUGUAAUGAAAUAAAGGGAAUAUACACACUA